AUGUCCAACAAGUGGGCUGAUCCUUGGGACCCAAGGGGAAGGCCGAGAUGCAGCAUGAUGCAGUUCAGAGGGUCUCCAUGGAAGGUGCCGAAGGCGGUAGACUCUCUUGGAAAGAUGCAGCCCAAGGAAGGGCCGAAGGACUACUUGGAAGUGUUCAAGAGGACGCGCGGGUCCAAGGUGGAUAAGGCGCUAGUGCCUAAGACAGAGGGACUGGUGGGCACAAACUUCAUCCAGUGCGAGCAGAACCCUGGGGUUGCGCUGGACCAGUCGAACCACAAGUACCGGCUGCUGCAGUUUGAGGCUGGAGUGGCUAAGCCCAAGGGUUGCUUCCACACGGAGGAGGAGGGGAUCACCGGGUACUCGGCGCUCAUCGAUCAAGCUGCGAGGGGCCCCCAUGGCGUCGCUGGAGUCCCUCGCUCGCUCGGCAACCAGGGCCCCCCGGGAGUGGCUCUGCUUCCCAAGCUGCACUGGCAGCAGAACAAGGGGAGGAAGCUUCAUCCUCGUAAGAGCCUGCUUGUCAAUCAAGGGCUGUGGGACGGGUCAGCACCGGAUCACAACAAGGCGGACUAUCGGCCAGACAUCAUGCGAGCGUAG